AUGAAUAUUUCAAUGCAGAGAAGUUAUUGGAUGAUGAUUCCGAUGGUCGUCAAAAAAAAUUAUGAGAACUUUACGGAGCUUUUUGAAGAGACUGAAUUCGCUUCGGAAAACAAUGAAUGCGAAAAUGAUUUAAGCUCCAAAGACAUACUCGUCUUUGUCUCGUUUAUCCUUAUGCUCCGGUUAUCGCGAACCCAAGCAAAAGAAGUGUUCGAUGAAGUAAACCGCCGACGUAUGAGUCUCGGCUUUUUUGUCCAAAGUGUUUAUGUUUCAUACCGAAAGGACAAUCAUGCUCAAAUUUUGGUCAGCAGCAGAAAUUCGAAUGCGGAGCCCCGAAUGGAACGAAUUCAUCAAAGAUUCAUCGUCAAUUUAGUAUGUUUUCCACUGAAUUUUUUGUUCGUUGACUUUGGAAUCUUUUUCCAGUUAUCGAGCUCUUGUGCGAAAUCAGCCGUUCAAGUCUACAUCAUUUUCGGAUCCGGGUCCGCAGAAGAGUCAAAUGCAUUUGAUGAAAUUUCGAAAAAGGAGAAAUACUAG